UUAAAAACGAGUAAUUCUGUGAUAAAUUAGCUAUUAAAGAUAUUCCAUUAAUUUGAUUAGAUGCACCGACAUUUACUACAGCAAACAGAUGAAAAGAGUGAAGACGUCUACGUUUAGUAUUUGACCAGCUGUCCAGGAGGUGGAGGGGAGUGUUUUGACUGUGAGUGAAUCCAUUGCCCUGCAAAGAUGGAUUUCCAACACAGAGCUGGGGGCAAGACGGGGAGCGGUGGGGUGGCGUCCUCCUCAGAGAGCAACCGGGAUCGGCGAGAGCGGCUCCGCCAGCUGGCCCUGGAGACCAUUGACAUCAACAAGGACCCCUAUUUCAUGAAGAACCAUCUGGGCUCUUAUGAGUGUAAACUGUGUCUGACACUCCACAACAAUGAGGGCAGCUACCUGGCCCAUACACAGGGAAAGAAGCAUCAGACGAAUUUAGCGAGAAGAGCAGCCAAAGAAGCGAAAGAAGCUCCCGCCCAGCCAGCCCCUGAAAAGGUGAAAGUUGAGGUCAAGAAAUUUGUGAAGAUUGGUCGACCGGGGUACAAAGUAACAAAACAGAGAGAUCCAGAGAGCGGUCAACAGUCUUUACUUUUCCAGAUUGAUUACCCAGAGAUAGCAGAGGGCAUAGGACCCAGACAUCGCUUCAUGUCUGCAUACGAGCAGCGCAUCGAGCCCCCAGACCGUCGUUGGCAGUACCUUCUACUGGCUGCAGAGCCCUACGAGACGAUCGCCUUCAAGGUGCCAAGCAGAGAGAUUGAUAAAGGCGAGAGUCGCUUCUGGACCCACUGGAACAAAGAUACAAAACAGUUCUUCCUCCAGUUCCACUUCAAGAUGGAGAAAGCCCUCGCCCCACCCAGCGGACCCGUACCCCCCAUGGGUGUAAAGCGCCCCCCUCCCCUGAUGAGUGGGAUGGGGCCUCGACCCCCCAGUGAGCCCAUGCCCCCUCCGCCUCCAGGGGGGAUGAAUAUGCCCCCUUUGCCCCCUGGUGCCCCCGGCCAUCCCCAGAUGCACCACCACCAUCAGAUGCAACACAGUGGCCCCGGUAUGGGUAUGUCACCCCUGAUGAGACCCCCACUCCCCUCUGACGGCCAUGGAGGAAUGCCACAUCAAAACAACUGAUCUCCAACCAGCACAUCAUCCUUCUGUUAAAUUGUGUUGCAAAUCGUUUGGUUGCUAUAACAGUGCCCCCGUCUUAGGACUAUGUCAAGUGUACAGUUUCUAAACCGUGGAAGACAGGGGCCAUAUUCAAGUGGUUUUGUACACAGUUGCCAAGGCAUUGUAUUUGUCAUGCUCGUCUAAUAUCCACACUAUCAUACCAUUUUUAGAAUGAGGCAAUAUAAUGUGUAUGCUUUCUAAGUGUUAUGCUAGUGUGGUUAAUGGAAGAUAUCCAUUGUUUUAGGCAAUCUGAUGGCACCAAUAUUAAUAGGAUCCUGCUGUAUUGUAAAUGUUGAGCCCGCUAUAUGAAACGUCUUUUAAGAUUUUUUUUUAUAAUAAAAAAUGUGGAAAAGUUA